UGCCGGUGCGAUGGCUGCUGAAGGAAGUGGAUGUGGCAUUGAUGCGCUUUUAUUCGACUUGGAUAACACACUGAUCGAUACCGCCGGGGCCGGGAGGCAAGCGGGGCAGCAGGUAAAGGAUCUAUUAAUAACACAACAUGGUUACGAAGAGUCUGCUGCUCACCUCGUCAUUGAGAAGUUUUAUUUGAAGUUGGAGAAUGGGCAUCCUAAUUCCUCUCUGGAGAGGGAUGUUGAUAAAGAGCGCACAUUACUUUUUGAAUUGGCUAUACAAGAAACAAAGGGGAGUAAACCAGACAAGAGGUUGGCUGCUGAAUGUUAUCUUCUGUGGAAAAAUACAAGACUCAACCAUCUCCAUAUUCCCGACAAGACGAAAGCCAUGUUGAGGAAGCUACGUCAGUCCUACAAGUUGCUUUUACUAACCAAUGGGAGUUCCGCAGUACAAAGGGAGAAGAUUAAUGUUUGCCAAUGUGAGCAGUACUUUGACAUGAUAGUUGUCGGUGGGGAACAGCCAGAGCAGAAACCAGCCAGUUCUAUAUUUCAACAAUGUUUCAGGCUCUUGGAGGUGAAGCCUGGUGCUUGUGUGAUGAUUGGUGAUGAUCUAAAGACUGAUAUUAAAGGUGGGGUGAAUGCUGGUGUUAAAGCAACUAUCUGGAUAAACAACAAUAAUCUAAAACCUCACAGAGAAAGUGCAAUGCCUGACUAUACUGUGAAAUCAGUUCUAGAAGUUAAGGAUAUUUUAGAAAACAUUAAAGAUAAAGUUUAACUAGGAACAGUAUAGUCCUUCUAUAUACUUUACCUACUUUAAUGGGAAAAAUGCUUAAAAGGUGAAGUUUAAGGAUGUACUCUAGACUUUUCUAUCUUAAUUACUUGGCAGACUGGUAUCUAAUUUUCAUACGUACAUCAAACCAUUACCCAAAUCAAAUAAUAAAUAAUUGCCUUCCAAAAAUACAAUUUAAAAAUAUAGUGGAUCUUUAAAUUUUAAAGCUCAGUUGUAGAAGGUUAGAAUUCUUUGAAGAGGUAACAAGUAUGUUAGACCAGGGAAAUCCAGUAGAUGUUAUCUAUCUAGACUUCCAAAAGGCCUUUGACACGGUGCCUCAUGGGAUGCUGCUGAGCAAGGUGAGGGCCCAUGAUGUUCGAGGUGAGCGACUGGCUUGGAUUGAGGAUUGGCUGUCUGACAGAAGGCAGAGAGUUGGGAUAAAAGGCUCUUUUUUGGAAUGCAAACAGUGACAAGUGGUGUCCUGCAGGGUUCGGUGUUGGGGAUUGCAACUGUUCACCUUAUAUAUUAAUGAUCUGGAUGAAGGGACUGGGGGCAUUCUGGCGAAGUUUGCCGAUGAUACGAAGAUAGGUGGACAGGCAGGUAGUACUGAGGAGGUGGGAAAACUGCAGAAAGAUUUAAACAGUUUAGGAGAGUGGUCCAGGAAAUGGCUGAUGAAAUUCAACGUGAGCAAAUGUGAGGUUUUGCACCCUGGAAAAAAAGAAUACAAGCAUGGACUAUUUUCUAAAUGGUGAGAAAAUUCGUAAAGUAGAAGUACAAAGGGAUCUGGGAGUGUUGGUGCAGGAUUCUCUAAAGCUUAACUUGCAGGUAGAGUCUGUGAUUAAGAAAGUGAAUGUAAUGUCGUUUUUCUCAAGAGGGUUGGAAUAUAAAAGCGGUGAUGUGCUUCUGAGACUUUAUAAAGCUCUAGUUAGACCCCAUUUAGAAUACUGUGUCCAAUUUUGGGCCUCACACCUCAGGAAGGACAUACUAGCCCUGGAGCGUGUCCAGUGGAGAUUCACGCAAAUGAUCCCUGGAAUGGUAGGUUUAACGCAUGAUGAACAGCUAAGGAUCCUGGGAUUGUAUUCAUUAGAGUUUAGAAGGUUGAGGGGAUAUCUAAUAGAAACUUACAAGAUAAUGUAUGGCUUAGAAGGGGUGGAUGCUGGGAAGUUGUUUCCAUUAGGUGGGGAGACUAGGACCCGUGGGCACAGCCUUAAAAUUAGAGGGGGUAAAUUUAAAACGUUAAUGAGACAACGUUUCUUCAGCCAGAGAGUGGUGGGCUUGUGGAAUUUAUUGCCACGGAGUGCAGUGGAGACUGGGACGUUAGAUGCCUUCAAGGCAGAGAUCGACAAAUUCUUGAUCUCAAAAGGAAUCAAGGGCUACGGGGAGAGUGCAGAGAAGUGAAGUUGAAAUGCCCAUCAGCCAUGAUUUAAUUGGCGGAGUGGACUUGAUGGGCCGAAUGGCCUUACUCCCACCCCUAUGUCUUAUGGUCUAAGAGAUACAAGAGUGUUGGAGUUUUUAAACUUUACAAUUUUAAAGAAUAAAAUUUUAGAAAUUUCAAACAUUCUUAAAUACAUGGAACUAAAUUAGUCAUUUGCUAUCAAUGCUAAUAUAUUAAUUUGACAAAAAUAACAAUGACAAAAGGGAAGUUAUUUUAACUGCAGGACAUUAAUCUUUGUUUUUAGAAUGUAGUCAGGCAGCAAUUAAUUUGUGGCCAUUAUCAGGAAAAGCAACAUGGUCUAAAACCAGUAUUCACAAAGAACAGAAAUCAGAUUGGAAACCAUUUGUUCUUUAAUUUCUGUGAUCUUGAUUUUGUUUUAACUUUGUACAAGAUUUAUGCACAUUUGUUUGCUUUCUAUUUUAAAAGUUCAUGUUUUCCAGUGUAUGAGAUUUUAAGCUGCAGAAUUGUGAUAUCUGAAGUAUCAUCUCAGCCGAGUAACUGUGUUUUAGUGCUGACCAUACUGAGUGAGGCACCAGAUCCCAGCGGAUGUCAGCCAGAUUAGAGGUUGCACAUUGGCAACCCAGUCACAAGAAGGUGGACCAAGUUAUCUUUCAGCUCAUCCUUCACUGAGAACAGUUUUGAGGCAGCCAAUGGUAUCCAUGAAUGAACCAACUACCAACAAUCAAUAAUCAAUGCCCUUUUCAAAUGAUGAAUAGGCAUUGAAGAAGUGACUUUUUUUCCCUUUAAAAAUACCCUUAAAUUGUGAAUAAAUUAUUUCACAGAAUUAUUUCAAAUGUAUUCAGGCUUCCUAAUCAUUAACUGUUAUAAAGGUUUAUGAAACAGUUUAUGAAAAGACAUGAUAGUGUAGAGAGGGGAACCUGAGGGUAGAAAUAGGACAGAAUCUGGUUGAGGUGUAGGGUGUUUCACCUACCAGCUAGAGUGUCAGUGAAAGACCUACAUUGUUUCUGUUUGGGAAGGCUUGCUAAACCAUGAGCCAUUAAGGCCAUGGCCAGAGAUUGAAGUUUUGCCAGAAUCAGUACUUUGGGGACAGUAGGCUUCUCUUGCUGUUCAUUUGGCAGGCUAAAGCUACUGCCAGAUCAACAGAGACCAGAGUUUCAGCAUCGAUAGAAGAUGCAGGCCACUAUAUCAGUACAAAAAAACAAGCAGAGGUGUUGUAACCAUCUCCAACCACAAGUGCCAAGUGGCUAUUCAUUGUGGCCUCUACUUGAGGGGACCCAGCAUCAGAGAUGCCAUUUUUGGCAAGUUCGGUUCACUCCAUAUGAAUACUGAAAAGACCAUGAGUCCAAGCAGCAUUCUAAAAAUAUUAGGGAAGGUCUGUGCAACAGCAUUAGCCAUACCCCAAGCCAAGCUGUUCCAGCACAACACUGAAGGGGAAAAGGUGGAGCAGUGGUAUUGUCACUGGACCAAUAAUGCUGUAGUGAGAUAAAGUUCCACCAUGGUAGUUGAUGAAGUUUCAAUCAACAAAAAUCCUUGUAAAAGCUAGCCUAAUGGCUACCAUUGAUGAUUGUUGUAAAAAAAAUCUGGUUCACUAAUAUUCUUCAGAAAAACAAGUCUUCCAUGCUUAUUUGAGCUGGCCUACAGCUGACUCGAGACCCACAGCAACAUGGGUGCCUCUUAGCUGCUCUCUAAAACUGCCCUAACAAUCUAGUCAGUUCAAGUGGGGAUGUACAAUAGUGACCCCAAACCCAUAAUCAAAUAAAAACAACUACCCAAAAAUUGUCCAGGUAAGUCAUGUCCACAAAAAGCAAGACAAAUGCACCAAGCCAAUUAAUGCCCUGCGAGUUUGCUCUCAGACAUCAGCAAAUUGCUGUAACAGUUCUAUCGAGCAGUACUUGCUCAGUAAUAACCUGCUUAAUGGGAAGAGUUUGAUUUCUGCUGAGGCCAGUCAGCUCCUGACCUUGUUACAGCAUUGGUCCAAAAGUGGACGAAUGAGCUGAACUGAAGAGGUGAGGAGACAGUAAUUGCUCUUGACAUCAUGCAGCAUUUGGCUGAGUAAGGCACUGAGCCUAGCAAAAUAAGAGUCAAUGGGAUUCAGGGAAAAUCUCUCUACUGAUUGGGAUCAUACCUGGUGGUUUGAGGUCAAUCAUCUAACCCACAAGACAUUACUAGAGAGUAGCAUCUUAUAAAUCCUAACAUACUGGAGCAAUCGGAGUCCAAAUACAGCAACCUGGACAACAUACAGGCUUGGUCUUACAAUUGCCAGUUAACAUCAGAGCUUCAAUGCCAGGCAGUGAUCAGAAACUAAAAUGAACCAGACAUUUGAAAGCUGUGGCUACAAGAGUACAUUAGAGGCUGGAAAUUCUGAGCCAAGUAAUUCUCCCAAAGCAUGUUUAUCAUUUGCAAAGCACAAGUCAGGAGCAUGAUGGAAUACUUUUCACUUGCUUGGAUUAGUAUAGCUCCAACAACACUCAAGAGCUUUGACACCAUUUAGAAUAAAGCAGUCCAUUCAUUAAAACUUUUAUCCACCACUUUGAACUUUCAUUUAGUGUACACUAUCUACAAAGUGCACAGCCCAAUCACCAGGACUGCAUCAAUAGCAAUUUCCAAAAGUGCAGAUGUAUGGGAGUGCUAUUGCCUGUAAGUUCCUCUGCAGGCCCCACACCAACCUGACUUGGAACUAUGCCUCCAUUCCUUCGAUAUUGCAGGGUUUAAAUCUAGGAACACUUCCCAACAGCUCUGAUGUACCAACACCCCAUAGACUGCAAAAAUUCAAUGUGGUAGCUCACCAUCACCUUGUGAACGACAAUUAGGGAUAGGCCACAAAUGCUGCUCUAACUGAUGAUGCCACUAUCACUUGAAAUGAAUUAAACAAAAUUGGGACUAUACUCUCUGGACCUUAGAAGAAUCAGGCAUCCUUACGGAAGCACACAGCAUUCUGAAGGGGUUUGAGAAGGUAGGUAUUGAGCAAUGGCUUCUACUAGCCAGUGAGUCUAAAGCAUCAGAGCACAGCCUCAUGCUAAGAGGCUGAUCAUUCACAAUUGAGAUGAGAAUUUACUCCACUCAAAGGACAUCAUGAAUCUUUGGAAUUCUUUAUUCCAGCUGAUUAUGGAUGCUCUAUCUUUCAAUAUUUUAAGAUUAAGAUAGAUUUUUAGUCUCAGGAAAUUUAUGGAUUUGUAGAGCAAUAAAAGUGGGUGGAAGCUCAAAUCAGCUACAAUAAUAUUUCAUGGCACAGCAGACUGGAUGGGUCAGUUCCCAGUUAAACAAUGCUUCAGUUUUAAAAUUCUCCCACUUGUUUUCAAAUCCUUCUAUGGUCUUUACCCUCCAUUUCUCCAUAAUGUACUUGAGACCUACAACUGAGUCAACAGCAUUUCUCUAAUUCUGGCCUCUUGAACAUCCCCAUUUUUAACUGCUGUCCCAUUGAUGGCCAUGGUUCCUGUUGUAUAACAGCAUAAGAGUCUCAGAGUUCAUUCUGAAGAGUACAUUAAGCACGGCCCAAUAUGAUAUCACAGACUGGAGCAAAAAACAAAACACCUUUGGGCUUCAAAGGUAUAAAGACCUAACAUUGCCGUCUCCCUCAGUCUUAUACCAGUUCAUUCAUACCAACAUAAAAACUGUACCUUGUGAUUUAUUGCAUGAUAACUUCUGUGUGUUUAAGAGGCACUUCUUGUUAGACUACCACGUUUUCCUCUUCUACACAAGGCCAUCAACGUCCUGUAUAUCCAUACCAAGAAAGAGAAUGGCAUCAGUAAGUCUACUUGACGAUUGUUUUUUAUAAAAAAAAAUUAAUGGGAUAUGAGCAUUGUUGUCUGGCCAUUAUUUAUUGCCGAUCUCAGA